ACCAUUUUUCCCUCUCUAAAACCAUUUCUUUGUCUCUCUCUCUCUCUCUCUCUCCUCUCUUUCUCUCUCCCAACAGAAAGUAACAGAGAAAAGAAAACGAAGGGUACGGCCAUUUCAUUCUCUUGGCACGCCUUAUUACUUCUCUUCUCGAAGGGGGGAAAAAAUGCUUUUAGAAUCUUCGUUCAACGCUUUGCCGAAACCCAUUUGUUUUUCAGGGACUCUGCGUGGGGACAUUUUCUCGUAGUUACAAUUUGCGGUAAAAAAAGCGAACGAUGACUCAGAUGGAGGAAACCAAUUUCUCAGACAUUUAUGAGGGGGAGAUUGUAGGAAUCAGAUUUGGUUUGGCAAGUCAUCGGGAAAUUUGUACAGCAUCUGUUAGUGGAUCAUCUAUAAGCCAUGCUACACAACUUUCAAACCCUUUCCUUGGCCUGCCCCUAGAAUUUGGAAAAUGUGAAUCUUGUGGUACUUCUGAUCUUGGAAAUUGUGAAGGUCAUUUUGGAUAUAUUGAGUUACCGGUACCAAUAUAUCAUCCCAGCCACGUUAGUGAAUUGAAGAGAAUGUUGAGCUUACUGUGCCUGAAGUGCUUAAAAAUGAAAAAGAACAAGUUUCCAGUCAAGAAUGCUGGUAUCGCCGAACAGUUGUUAGCUUCAUGCUGUCAGGAUGCCUCACAAGUCUCAAUCGAAGAAGUUAAGAAAGAUACUUAUAGUCACUUGCGAUUGAAGGUGCCAUCUAACAAGAAAUUACACGAGGGUUUUUGGAAUUUCUUGGAAAGAUAUGGUUUUCGCUAUGGUGGUUCUCCUGGAGAGGAGCUUUUAAGACGUACUCUGCUUCCUUGUGAGGUCAUGGAAAUUUUCAAGAAAAUCCCUGAAGAAACUAGAAAGAAGCUGGUUGGUAAAGGUUAUUUUCCUCAAGAUGGUUAUAUCCUUCAAUAUUUGCCUGUUCCUCCAAACUGUUUGAGUGUUCCUGAAAUUUCUGAUGGUAUCACAAUCAUGUCAACGGAUCCAUCUACCUCCAUGCUGAAGAAGGUUCUAAGGCAAGGAGAAAUAAUCAAAAGUUCAAGGAGUCAACCAAAUUUUGAAUCCCUUGAAGUUGAAGCUAAUGAGUUGCAAUCUAUAGUCAAUCAGUAUCUUCAAGUUCGUGGUUCUGUGAAGGCGUCUCGUGAUAUAGAUGCACGAUUUGGGGUUAACAAGGAAGAGAAGAAUUCUUCUAGAAAAGUAUGGCUUGAGAAAAUGAGGACAUUGUUUAUCAGAAAGGGUUCAGGCUUCUCUUCCCGCUCUGUGAUCACUGGUGAUGCAUAUAAAGCAGUCAAUGAGGUUGGGAUUCCGUAUGAAAUUGCUCGAUGGAUUACCUUUGAGGAGAAGGUUAGUUCUCACAAUAUGAAGUAUCUGCAAGAGCUGGUAGACAACAAAUUGUGCCUAACCUAUAAGGAUGGGUCAUCAACAUAUUCGUUAAGGGAGGGGUCCAAAGGACAUACAUUUUUAAAACUAGGUCAAGUGGUUCAUCGAAGGAUCAUGGAUGGGGAUAUUGUUUUCAUCAAUAGGCCGCCAACAACUCAUAAACAUUCCCUACAAGCACUCAGAGUGUAUGUACACGAGGAUAAUACAGUAAAAAUAAACCCUCUUAUUUGUGGACCCUUAAGUGCAGAUUUUGACGGCGAUUGUGUUCACUUAUUUUAUCCUCAGUCUCCUGCAGCAAAAGCAGAGGUUUUGGAGCUUUUUUCAUUGGAGAAGCAAAUCCUUAGUUCUCAUAGUGGCGGUAUGAUAUUACAGUUGGCAUGCGACUCAUUAUUGUCUCUAAAGAUUAUGUUCAAGACAUAUUUUAUGGACAAAAUAGCAGCACAACAGUUGGUGAUGUUUGCUUCAUCUUCUUUACCACAACCUGCUUUUUGGCUGACUCAUUCUGGUGACCCUUUUUGGACUGCCUUGCAAGUGUUGCAGACGGCUCUUCCUACAUCAUUGGACUGUUAUGGGGAUAGAUUUCUUAUUAAAGGAAGUGAUAUCUUGGUCCUCGAUUUUAAUAGAGAUGUUUCUGUAAUUAAUGACAUCGGGGCCUCUAUUUGUUCUGAGAAAGGUUCUGAAGAAGUUCUGAAGUUCUUCAAUGCUCUACAACCUCUGCUGAUGGAAAAUAUUUUUGCACAAGGUUUUAGUGUGGGAUUGGAAGAUUUUUCCAUAUCGCAAGAGGUGAUAAAAAAUAUUACAAAGGAUAUCCAGCUUAUUUCUCCUUUGCUAUACCACUUGAGGUCCACAUACAAUGAGCUGGUGGAGUUGCAAUUGGAGAAUCAAAUUCGAUUUGCUAAAGCUCCAGUUACGAAUUUCAUUCUGAAGUCAUCAAGUAUGGGUAAUUUAAUUGACCCUAAAAGUGAUUCUGCAAUUAACAAGGUAGUUCAACAAAUUGGGUUCCUUGGCUUGCAAAUCUCUGACCGAGGAAAAUUUUAUUCCAAGACAUUGGUUGAGGAUGUUUCCUGUCUUUACACAAGAAAAUAUCCCGAAAAUGUAGACUAUCCUUCUGCAGAACACGGAUUAAUUAGAAGCUGCUUUUUUCAUGGUUUAGAUCCAUAUGAAGAGAUAGUUCAUUCAAUCUCUACUAGAGAAGUAAUUGUGCGGUCAUCAAGAGGAUUAACUGAGCCUGGAACGUUGUUCAAGAACUUGAUGGCUAUUCUUCGAGAUGUCGUCAUUUGUUACGAUGGAACUGUCAGAAAUGUUUGCAGCAAUUCUAUCAUUCAAUUUGAAUAUGGCAGAGGAAGUGCUCGGAAUUUAUACCCUGCUGGUGAACCGGUUGGCGUGUUAGCUGCAACUGCAAUGUCAAAUCCCGCAUAUAAAGCAGUUCUUGAUUCUAGCCCAAGCAGCAACUCUUCUUGGGAAUUGAUGAAGGAAAUACUACUUUGCAAGGCUAUUUUCAGAAAUGAGCUUAUUGAUCGCCGUGUAAUUUUAUAUUUGAAUCACUGUGGUUGUGGAAGAAAGUAUUGCCGAGAACAAGCUACAUAUUUGGUUCAGAAUCAACUGAAAAAAGUCAGUCUUAAAGAUACCGCAGUGGAGUUCAUGAUUGAAUACAAAAAUCAGUCUUCUUUUUCUGCUGUUGAUAUGAAUGCAGGCCUUGUAGGUCAUAUUCAUCUCAAUGAGGUGCUGUUAAAAGAGAUGGAUAUUGGUAUGAAUGAGAUUCUUCAAAAAUGUGAAGAGGCUAUUAAUUCAGUUCGGAAGAAGAAAUUAGGUAAACAUUUGAAGAAAGCAGUUCUAUCCGUCAGUGAAUGUUGCACUUUCCAUAAAUCUGGUUUGGAUGGAACAUCUGAAUUCCCAUGCUUAUUAAUUUCUAUUCGCGAGAAUAUGAAUGAUACGCUUGAGGAAUCUUCAAAGAUUCUUGCCGACUCAAUUUGCCCAUUUCUUUUGGAAACAAUAAUCAAAGGUGACUCUCGGAUUUCGUCAGCAAAGAUUACGUGGCUUAGUUCAGAUACAACUUCAAUAAGGAGUCCACAGAAUUCUGACAUGGGUGAAUUGGCCGUUGAUGUUGUUUUGGAUAAAUCAGCAAUCAAGCGAAGUGGAGAUGCAUGGAGGAUAGUCAUUGACUCUUGUCUUCCUGUAUUGCAUUUAAUUGAUACUAGGCGUUCUAUUCCAUACGGCAUUAAACAAAUCCAGGAAUUGCUAGGAAUUUCUUGUGCUUUCGAUCAAGCGGUUCAGCGCCUUUCAACAUCGGUAUCAAUGGUGAGCAAAGGCGUUCUCAAAGAGCAUCUCAUCCUCUUGGCAAACAGUAUGACAUAUGCUGGAAAUUUGAUUGGCUUCAAUUCUGGUGGUUAUAAGGCGCUAACUCGGUCAUUGAAUGUUCAAGUUCCAUUUACUGAAGCUACACUAAUUACACCAAAAAGAUGUUUUGAGAGGGCAGCUGAAAAGUGUCAUGUGGAUUCUUUGACGAGCAUAGUUGCGUCAUGUUCUUGGGGUAAGCACGUUGCAGUUGGUACUGGCUCAAGGUUUGAUAUCCUCUGGGACACAAGAAAGGUGGAAUUUAAUCAAGCGGGUGGAGUUGAUGUCAACAAUUUUCUUCAUAUGGUGAGCACUGCAUAUGGAGAAGAAGCAAGCACUGCCUGUCUAGGUGAAGAAAUUGAUGAUUUGAUGCCAGGAGACGACAUUGCAGAGUUGUGUCUCUCACCAGAAAACUUCAAUUCUGACAGGCCAGUCUUUGAAGAUAUUGAUGAAUUUCAGGAUAUUUCAGAAAAGGAUUUACCUGGGAAAUCGAGUUGGGAUAAUCUGUCAUCUUUCAGAUCUGGGUCUAGCAGUGGUAAGGAAUGGGGCUCUAAUAAUAAUGUUGGAACUAAGUAUGAUGUUGGGUCUAGUUGGGGAACGGCAAAUAAAGAAGAACAAGAGGUGAUCCCGUCUAAAGGCGAGCCCGAUAAUUCCUGGUCAAAUGGUUGGGAAAAUAAAAACUCUGGACGUAUGGAGCUUGAAACAAUGAAGUCUGAUUGGAGAGGAGACGCAGAUGAAAGACAUAAUCCCUUUUCUUCAAAACCCCAAGAGUCGUCUAAGAGAUCUGAUGUUUGGGAUGCCACUCCUGGGUGGGGUACAAAUACAGCAUCGGAAAAGGUUUCAUCUAGUACAGGGUGGAAUUCUGAAAAUAUUUCAUCUGGUGCGGGAUGGAGUAAAGCGGAUUCAGAUAACAGCCAUGCCAAAGGGUGGAAUUCUGAAAAUAUUUCAUCUGGUGCGGGAUGGAGUAAAGCGGGUUCAGAUAACAGCCAUGCCAAAGGGUGGAAGUCUGAAAAUAUUUCAUCUGGUGCGGGAUGGAGUAAAGCGGAUUCAGAUAACAGCCAUGCCAAAGGGUGGAAUUCUGAAAAUAUUUCAUCUGGUGCGGGAUGGAGUAAAGCGGGUUCAGAUAACAGCAGCCAUGCCAAAGGGUGGAAUUCUGAAAAUAUUUCAUCUGGUGCGGGAUGGAGUAAAGCGGAUUCAGAUAACAGCCAUGCCAAAGGGUGGAAUUCUGAAAAUAUUUCAUCUGGUGCGGGAUGGAGUAAAGCGGGUUCAGAUAACAGCCAUGCCAAAGGGUGGAAUUCUGAAAAUAUUUCAUCUGGUGCGGGAUGGAGUAAAGCGGGUUCAGAUAACAGCAGCCAUGCCAAAGGGUGGAAUUCUGAAAAUAUUUCAUCUGGUGCGGGAUGGAGUAAAGAGGAUUCAGAUAACAGCCAUGCUAAAGGGUGGAAUUCUGAAAAUAUUUCAUCUGGUGCGGGAUGGAGUAAAGCGGGUUCAGAUAACAGCCAUGCCAAAGGGUGGAAUUCUGAAAAUAUUUCAUCUGGUGCACGAUGGAGUAAAGCGGAUUCAGAUAACACCCAUGCCAAAUCUACUGAUUGGAACACCACGUCUGACAGAACAAAGACGAUGACAAAAAAUACUUGGUCUGGAUGGCAUGGAGAAAAAUCUGAAAAGGAAGAUAUCCUCAGUACAAAAUCCCAACAAGAUUUACCAAGAAACAGUGAUUGGGGAGCUGUGUCGAAUCGAGAAAACAAUGCUGAACGUGCUUAUGAGUUUGUUUCUAAGGACCAGCCCUUGCCCGAUCAAGUAAGCGAGCCUUGCGACUGGGAUAACAAGUUGACUCCCCAAAAAGCAGUAUCUGGUUGGCUUUCUUCAAAUGAUGAAGGGUGGACCAAAGAUGCAAAUUCAUCAGAGAGGAAGGAACCUACUGACUCUCCUGUUGUAUAUAAUUCAUGGGAAAAGAGAACGUCUUCUGAAAUUUCUCAAAAUGUGGAAUCAGCUAGUUUCAAUAGUUGGCUACCACGUGCUGGAGAUGGUGGUGAAGUUGAAAAACCUAAUGAGUGGGUAAAGAAAAGUGGGUCAUUCAAGAAAAAUCAUGGUGAGACGUCAGGGGGUUGGGGUUCAGAUUCUGGUGACUGGAAGAUAAAGAAGAAUCACCCUGGUAAAUUUCCUAGGAUGAACAAUGACAAUACCUCGGUCAGACUAUUUACAGAAACAAGACAGAGAUUGGAUCUGUUCACAUCUGAGGAACAAGAUGCCCUCUCUCUCAUUGAACCAACCAUGAAGUCCAUCAGAAGAAUUAUGCAUAAGUCUGGGUACAAUGAUGGGGACCCAAUUCGACCUGAAGAUCAAUCAUUUAUAAUUGACAAUGUCUUCAAUUACCAUCCUGAUAAAGCUGCUAAAAUGGGUAGCGGAAUCGAUCAUCUUAUGAUUAGUAGGCACAGCAGUUUCCAGGAUAGCAGGUGCUUGUAUGUAGUCUCAACUGAUGGUCGUAAAGAAGAUUUUUCAUACCGAAAAUGCCUGGGCAACUUAAUCAAGAGCAGGUUCCCGGAUGUGGCUGAUGAGUUCCUUGACAAGUAUUUUAGGAAACCCAAACCCGGAGGGAAUCAAGAUCGGAUCUCGACCCCGGAGCCAGCGUGGAACAACACCCAGGCUCCCACCCCAGAGCCGUCGGGGAACACCAUGGCUCCGACCCCGGAGCCAUCUGAGAUAGAGAAGAUGUAAUUGGCUUAACAUUGCAUUCCUUUCAUUUGGGUGUUUAUUUAGGACCUUCUUUCGUUACAUCAGAUUGUAAAUACAUGCGGGUUUUCCCCCAUCUGCCGUUUUUAUUUGUACAUACUAGCAGAUGGUCUUGUAAUUAUCAGCUCCACCAGUUAUCCGUGUUUUUUUUUUGCUUUUUUGUUUUUUCAAGUCAUCUUAUGAUUGUAGAACAUGAUAUGAUUUAGGUGAAAAAAAAAAACCCAGAACAGGAUGAGUUCAAAGUUGAGAAAAUCAGAACGCUGAUCUAUUGAAGGACCUUCACUAGACAGAUAAAAAUCGGUUGUAAACUGUGAUAAAAAUCGGUUGUAAAGUGUUCUGUUUUUAUCCAUGAAGUCCAUUUCUGACUGGUUAGGUUUCAAACGAGAGAAUGAAAUCCAUU